AUGUCGCUCAUGGUCGUCAGCCUGGCGUGUUUUGGGUUCUUCUUGGUCCAGAGGGCCUGUCCGUACACGGGUGGUCAGGACAAGACCUUCCUGUUUGCCCGGCCUAGCGCUGUGGUGCCUCAGGGAGGACACGUGACCCUUCGGUGUUACUAUCGUGAUGGACUUAACAACUUUACCAACUUCACUCUGUACAAAGACGACAGAAGCCAUGUUCCCGUCUUCCACAGCAGAAUAUUCCAGGAGAGCUUCCUCAUGGGCCCUGUGACGCCGGCACACGCAGGGACCUACAGAUGUCGGGGCUCAUACUCGCACUCCCCCACUGAGUGGUCGGCACUCAGUGACCCCCUGGCUAUCAGGGUCACAGGUCAGAGGGCUCCUGUCUGGGCUUCUCCUUGUCCCACCUCCCGAAUCCCACAGCUUCUGCUGGGGGUGUCCACCAGGGUCUCAUCACCCAGGACCUCACUGUCUUUGGGGUAAAGGGGGAUUGAACUCAGGGAAUUCUUUCUGCACAGUGAGGUGAACUUUGAGAAGCCGUUGCACCUUGUUGGAGAGCUCCAUGGUGGGGGUUCCCAGGCCAACUAUUCCAUCAAUUCCACGACGUCUGACCUUGCAGGGACUUUCAGAUGCUACGGUUCUGUCACUCACUCCCCCUAUGUGUUGUCAGCUCCCAGUGACCCCCUGGACAUCGUGAUCACAGGUCUAUAUGAGAAACCUUCUCUCUCAGCCCAGCCGGGCCCAACGGUUCAGGCAGGAGAGAACAUGACCUUGUCCUGCAGCUCCCAGAACUCGUUUGACAUGUAUCAUCUAUCCAGGGAGGGGGAGGCCCGUGAACUUAGUCUCUCUGCAGUACGAAGCGUCAAUGGAAUAUUCCAGGCCAACUUCCCUCUGGGCCCUGCAACCCACGGAGGAACCUACAGAUGCUUCGGUUCUUUCCGUAUCACACCCUACAAGUGGUCAAACUCGAGUGACCCACUGCCCAUUUCUGUCACAGGUAUCCCCAGACACCUGCAUGUUCUGAUUGGGACCUCAGUGGUCAUGAUCCUCUUCAUCAUCUUCUUCUUUCUCCUGCAUCGCUGGUGCUCCAACAAAAAGAAUGCUGCUGUAAUGGACCAAGAGCCUGCGGGGGACAGAACAGUGAACAGGGAGGACUCUGAUGAACAAGACCCUCAGGAGGUGACAUACACACAGUUGGAUCACUGCGUUCUCACACGGGGAAAAAUCACUCGCCCUUCUCAGAGGCCCAAGAGACCCCCAACAGAUACCAGCGUGUACACGGAGCUUCCAAAUGCAGAACCCAGAUCGAAAGUUGUCUCCUGCCCAUGA